AUGUCAGGCCAUCAUCACCACGAUCACGGCCCUGGCGGCCAUUGCCAUGAUGAAGAUCAUGACCACUCCAAUGACACCACCCCGGCUCUGCAGUCUCUACUUUACUCCCAGAUACAGUUCGACAACGUUACCACUUUGAAUGAAUCCGUCUCUCGGUCUGGCGCUGCCAUCCUUCAGAAAACAUGGGCUGAGAGGUUGAAUGACCACCCGGAACUCGAAAGCGAUGCUGAUGAACAGCUUCUCAUGUACAUCCCUUUCACAGGACAGGUCAAAUUACAUGCGCUUCUGAUCUACACGGCCCCAACUCCCUCGGCUCCCAAGACGGUCAAACUCUUCAAGAACCGAGACGACUUGGACUUUUCAACGGCAUCAGACCUAAAACCUACUCAAAUUGUUGAAAUCCCUGAACCUAUCCCAGGCACCGAUAUCUUUGAAGUGCCACUUAACCGAGCGUUAUGGAAUACAACUACAUCGAUCACCUUAUUUUUCGAAGACAACUGGAAUGAUGAAGAUACGACCAAGGUCGGGUACAUUGGCUUCAAAGGACAAUUUCUGGCCCUGAAUCGUGAGCCUGUGAGCGUCAUGUAUGAAGCAGCAGCGAACCCAAGCGACCACGUUGCUAUUCAGGGCGUGUCCGGAAUUGGUGGAAGAGUUAUGCCUGGGCAAUAA